AUGUGGUGCACCACAGUGGUCGAGGCCCUUCUGUCAUGCAAUUGUAUCGAUGUAAAUGCACAGACCAACAGCGGAGAUACUGCACUCAUUCUUGCCUGCAAGGAGGGCCAUAAAUUCACUGCUAACCUGAUUCUUCUGCGUAAAGACAACAACCCCAAUUUAUGCAACAAACGAGGCCUCACAGCAUUGAUGUACUCCGCCAUCCUUGGACACGUUGAUAUAAUCAAGGCCCUUAUUUCGACAAGGAAAGUCAAUCCGAAUUCUCAGGACGUCAGAGGCACUACUGCCCUGAUGAAUGCCUCGCAUAUUGGUGAUAUUGAUACUGUCUGUGCACUGCUUGCUUCCCCUAACAUCGACAUCAAUCUCACGGAUCUGAAUGGACGUACUGCACUUCUGUACGCUUGCUUAAAGGAUCGUACAGCAGUCGCGAGCCUCUUGAUCGGGACGCCUGGAAUCAAAGUUAACUGCCAAGAUGAAAAUGGACACACUGCGCUGCUAAUUGCUGCCGCAAAAAACUCCUUACCAAUUGUUAAAGAGCUGCUGGGCGUUCCUAACCUCGAUCCUGACCUGAAGGAGAGCCAUGGCCUCACUGCAUUAUCUGUCUCAGUACUGCGUGGCCACAACGAUAUUGUGAAGGCUCUUCUUCCUAUUUCUAAAAUCCAGUUGGAUAUCUCACACCAUAAGGGUACCAUGGCCUUUGUCCGCGCUACUCUUCAGGGCCAUGUUCCAAUUAUCGAUAUCCUGUUGACAUCAAGACACAUCAAUCCAAACGUAUUCGUAACAGGAUCGGAGCAAUUGUACAAGUUAUUUCGCGAUCAGCUGAGAUAUUCGGAAGAACGUCACCGAAUAGAAUACGCUGAAGGAAUGACGCCACUUAUGCUUGCUUCAUGUGCAGGUCACAAAGAGGUUGUCAAGCGCUUAUUAGCUGUACCAGGUGUCAAUGUGAAUCUGGGUAAUCAGCCCAGUUACACAUUGGCCUCCUAUGUUGGUGGGAGCUACGAACAUUCAAUUAUGGAUCCGUUACUCACUCCGGUAGACCUCAAACAUACAUGUUUUGAGGGCAGUGGAAUCACGGCGCUGAUGUUUGCCGCUGGCCACGGACACAUCGAUGUGGUGGAGCACCUUUUAACACUCCCAGAAAUCAAUGUUAACGGACGUGACCGUGAUGGAUAUACCGCUCUCAUUUAUGCGACAUUGAUGAACUAUCCUUCUUCUGGGGAUACUGGUCGUUGCCCAUCAUACAUUAUCCACUCGUCAUAUCAUGGUCAUCUCGGUGUGGUUAAGCGCCUGUUGUCUGUCCCAGACAUCAAUGUCAAUACUAAAACUACCAAUGGAUUUACAGCUCUCAUAUUUGCUUCCCGUAAUGGUUACAGCUCGAUUGUGGCCGAAAUUCUGCGUUUUCCGGAGGUGGACGUAAAUAUUCAAAACAGAUUUGGCGAUACAGCACUUAUAUGGGCAGCAUAUCAAGGUCAUCUUGAUGUUGUUAAGCACCUCUUGUCUGUCCCGGGAGUCAAUGUCAAUACAAAAAAUACAGAUGGAUUCACAGCUCUCAAUUAUGCUUUGGCAAAUGGUUAUGGUUCUAUUGUGGAUGCCAUGCUUGGUUCUCAGAAGGUGGAUAUAAACAUCAAAACCGCAUACGGGAAUACACCGCUUAUGAUUGCAUCCUGCAAUGAUCACCUUGAUGUUGUUAAGCGCCUCUUGUCUUCCCAGGAAAUUAAUGUCAAUGCACAAAAUACCGAUGGAUUCACAGCUUUGAUAGCUGCUUCAGCAAAUGGUCACCGCUCUGUAGUGGACGCCCUCCUCGGCUUUCAAAAGGUUGAUGUAAAUAUCCAAACCAACUUGGGAGACACCGCGCUUAUGUUGGCAGCAUAUGGAGGUCAUCUUGAUGUUGUUAAGCGCCUCUUGUCCGUCCCACCACUCAAUGUCAAUGCACAAAAUACCGAUGGACUCACAGCUCUGAUAAAUGCUUCUACAGAUGGGUACUGCUCUAUUGUGGAUGCCCUCAUUGGUAGUCAGAAUGUGAAUGUAAAUAUCCAAACCAACAAUGACGAAACAGCGCUUACAUUGGCAGCAUAUCGGGGUCAUGUUAAUGUUGUUAAGAGCCUCUUAUCUUUCCCGGAUACCAAUGUCAAUAUACAAAAUAUUGAUGGAUGUACAGCUCUCAUGUAUGCUGCAAGAGAUGGUUACUGUUCUAUCGUAGACGCUAUCCUUGGUUUUCCAAAGGUGGAUAUAAAUAUCCAAGAUAAGUACGGCAACACAGCACUUACACGGGCAUCGGUCAAUGGACACAUUGAUAUAGUGAAAAGCCUCCUAACAUUCCCUGCGAUGGAUAUCAAUUUGCGAGACAUCAAUGGCUAUACAGCACUCGAAAUGGCACGAACGACAAGGCAUCAAUCCAUUGUGGAUAUACUGUUCUCCCGUCCUGAAGUGAGCGACGAGCGUACCGCGCUUGUCCUAUACCAGCCGAUCAUCAAACCGCAGACUAUUUCUCUGUCCCACUAUGCAUAUUUUAGACAAAAAGUACAACUUUUGGGUAUUAACUCCUUUUCACUUGUCUCUCGUUCUCGCGGUAUAUAUAAUAUGUGUACAUACAGAUGA